AUGUUGACACGUGCGAACCAGGGGGGCAAUGCCGAGAAGGGGCAGGGCUACAUCGCAGCCUUAGACCAGGCGCGGAGUCAGGGAAAAUGGGAUGACCUCCCCGAAUUGAUUCGAAAAGUCACAAAACACGCACCGCAAAGGACUUGCCUAAUCCAGACCGCAACAGCGGAAUCGCGUGUGAUUGCAUAUCUUCAACAAAAGUCCUCCGGCGACUCAUCUUCUUCCUUACCGGGUCUCGUCGAGCUGAUACCGGCCCUGUUGAUGACAAUUGAGAACAGUGACGGAUCACCACAAGAACUAUUUCAAGCACAGGUCUGCGUGGGGUGGAUACAUUGGGCUUUGGACGAUCAAGGACUUUCGGUAUCGCGCCUUCCUAAGGACUUCGCGGCAACACUUGAUAGUUUGGCCAGUGGAGGGGAGCAGCCUACUUCGUGGACUGAGGUCUGUUUAGUGAAGGGAUGCUACAUAAAGGCAACCGCACAAUCCACCGUUACGGACAUUAAUGAGACGCUGGAGACAUUUACAUCUCUAAUCCCGUGGCUAAGCGGCGGCAAAUUAGCCUCAAUCACCACCUCGCAAUUCUUGGACUGGUCCGAGACACUUCUGGGCAAUGGUGCUCUUCUAGCCAGCAAUGAAGUUAUUAAACACAUGCCCUAUUCGGAUUCUCGGCAUGCAGAUCUUGCUUUUCAACUGCUAAGGCUGUGGGCGGCUCAUCCUGCCGUUAAACAGGGGGGCUCUGCUAAAAGCCCAUCGAAUGUGUGCCUGGCUCCCCGAUCAUCCGUAUGGGCUGCUUAUUAUAAGUUGCUCACAGCGGCCUUACGGGGCGAGCUUACAUACACGGGCCCCAAUGAUGGACCGGACCGCCCACAGCUCUCCAGUGAAUUCCGCCGAGUAGAGACUAACUACGAACGCAGUUUUCUCUCUGAAAUCUUGUUUCCUACGGCCAGCUCGCAGAAUUCCCAAGUCGAGGAAUGGGUGGAGCAGGUGAUCAGUAACUGGCAAAUCUUGUGUGGUCCCGAGUGGCAGGAUUCGGACGUCGGCGAAGGAGGUCAGGAUGAGGUUGGUCGUAAUGUUUUAGAGAUACUGUACCGAGCAGCGGCAAAGACCUACCACUCUCAUUUGGUACUCCGACGUCUCUUCCAUGUUCAUUCUGCUUUAACGGACUUUGACCUCGCUGUGAAGGCGCUCGAUUCCUACAUCGAAAUCGUCACUGCAGCCAAAGAAAGGGCAGAGAAGUCUGCCGAGUCAGGAGAGCUGGAAAAGGAUGAAGUUUUGCUGCAGACGCUCUCCGAAGGAGUCAUAUUAUUGAGCUGUUAUGGCUCGCUUGAAGAGGCAGAAAAGGCCCGAGAUCUGACUGAAAUGAUUAGAGAUUAUGUUGACAAGCACAACACACCUCCCACAAACGGCCAGAUCAAUGGCAACUCCGUCAAAGUGCCAAACAUCCCUCCCUCCGUUCUGGCCUCCUCCUACCGAGCCGUCGGUGUUGGACUUGCUUGCUGGGCAAGCUGGACUCCUGCGAAUGAAUCACGCGAUGAAAUCAGAGCCGAUGCAAUCGAAUACCUCAAAAAAAGUCUUGCUCCGGAAUUGGGAAGUAGCUUAAGCUAUUCCUCACUUUACACACUAGGCCUUGUCUUGGCCGAGAACAGAGAUUUGGACACUGCAAUUGACUAUGUCAAGUCAGCUCUGACGCCAAGCAGUUCGUCUACUGCGGUAUCUGAUGAUCUUUCCAAAGAGCGUGACUUAGUAUCUCUGUGGCAUCUGCUUGCGCUGCUGCUGAGUGCGAAGCAAGAGUUUGAGAUUGCUGGACGUUCAUGUGAGGCUGCAUUUGAGCAGUUUCCCCGAGAGUUGUUCUCAAAGAGUCAUCGCGAGCGACGUUCAACAAAGCACUCGCAAAACCCCAACCGGCGCCCGGUCGUUAGCAGAUUGCAAGGCAGAGAAAAAGAAGGCAUUAUCCAAACUCGCAUUACGCAGCUUGCGUUCAUCGAGCUCUUAGAAGGACCCGAAGCUGCUGUUAACCACAGCACAGAAUUAUUGAGUCUUUUUGGCAUUCUUUUCCAAGACUUGAACCUCGAGGCUGGAGAGACCCAAGCCAAGGCAGACCACCUUGUACCACCAAAGAGCUCUGCCGGAACUAUCAAAAGCAUUCGGGGAAGUAUUUUCGGCCGAAACAGAACAAACCAAAUACCAGAUCGCCGUGCUGAUCAGAGUGAUCAGAGUAAUGGUUCUGACUCUGUUGUUCUCGUUCCACCCACCCCGGCUAUUCCCAAUGGUCUUGUGACGGAUGCCCCAUCAGUUCAAGUCACGGGUGAAGACCCCCACAACCGUCAGGGACGACCACCAACAAUUGGGAGGGCAGAUUCCAAGAAAUUGAAAAAGCGAAGUUCAAGCUUUCAUAAAAACGAGAGGCCGCGCGUGGAAGAGCCUCCGCUUCCUACUGCGGACGAAACAUCCGCCGAAGAGGCCGAUUUGGCAUUUUCUGGCAACACAUCACCGGAGUCUGCGAUCCAUAUUACCCAAGGCAAACAGCCACUGCCGGCGAUGGCACACAACAUGAAUCACAAAGAUCAAGCUCCCCCCGCUGGCCAUGAGGAACAACCCCCUACGCAGGAAAUAUGGCCCCCAAUCAGCCACCGUUUCGAUUCUCCCACAAGCGCUGUCACGAAGUUUUCUCUUGCUCAAUCCCAGAAGCAUGCCUUGGGUCUUCUCAUUGAAAUAUGGCUUGUAAUUGCUGGUCUUUAUCGCAGAGCGUCUCUGUUCGACGAUGCCCGUGAAGCUUGCGAAGAAGCCUCGAAACAAGCCGCGCGAGUAGAAGCACUUGUUGCUUCACUUGAAUCCUCAGCUCGUUCUUUUAGCAAGCGCGGCUGGGGUGCUUCAAAAAGCUCUGAGGAGCUCUGGGCCGAUGUCUACGCGGAACAGGGUCUCUUGUCCCAGGCUCAAUCGAGCCCUCAUCAGGCCAUCAGGCACUUUGAGGAAGCGCUGCUGCGCUACCAAGACCACCCAACAGCGACCAUUGGACUUGCCAAUCUUCUCUUGGAUAUUUGGGACCAGAAAUUGACCCCAGAACCAUCGAAUGCUGACGUGGAUCUUAACGUCUCUCGUCUGUCAUUGCUCUCGGAGACCCCGAAGCCCCAGUCCGCGAAGGCUAUCUCGACCGACGAUCUCAAGGUAUCAAGCGAUAUCAAGAAUGUGGGCGCCGAAGACGCCCCUCUAUCUGCGCAAGAAGUCGAGCCUAAGCAACUGCAUCGUCUCGCGGCCCGCGAUCGCGCCUAUGGGCUUCUUUCGGCGUUGACAAAGCUCGGGAGCUCCUGGGACAACUCCGAGGCUUGGUAUGCGUUGUCGAGAGUAUAUGAGGCCGGUGAACAGGUCGAAAAGCUGAAAGAAGUGCUUUGGUGGUGCAUUGAACUGGAGGACCGACGGCCAAUUCGGCACUGGUCUAACAUCGGCUCCGGUGUCUAUGUCCUCUAA